UGCCGAUAUCGAAGAUCAAGUUAUCUUUGCCAUUUGUCAGGAGUACGUGCCCCUUGGGGACCAGCAGUUCAUCCUUCACACAGGGGACGAAGUUGCCAUCAUCCCACCUCUUAGUGGAGGUUAGCUCUAGGAAGAUACAGAGAAAUAAUGAGUGAAAUUGAGGAUGAACCCAAGGAUGUGAUUCAGUUGAAGUCUGAGAAGCUCUCAUUAGACGAAGUAGCAGCACUGGUCAUUUCUCCCUGUUGUGGAGCUGCAUCUUUCUUUGUAGGCACUACAAGGAAUAACUUUGAAGGGAGAAAAGUCAUACAAUUAGAAUAUGAAGCCUACACAGCUAUGGCAGAAGGUGAAGCAAAGAAAAUAUGCAAAGAUAUUCGAUUAAAAUGGCCUUCUGUGAAGCAUAUAGCAAUACAUCAUCGACUUGGUUUGGUUCCCAUUAGUGAAGCCAGUGUGAUUGCAGCUAUCUCUUCCCCUCACCGAGCAGAGUCUCUCAAUGCCUUGCAAUAUUGCAUCAAUACUUUAAAAGCUACUGUCCCAAUAUGGAAAAAGGAGGUGUAUGAAGACGACUCUUCCUGGAAAGAAAAUAAAGAGUGCUUUUGGAUCAAGGGAGAAAAAUAAAAUAUUAAUGUGCCAAAAAAAGAAGGCAGAAGGAAAGCUGAUUCAGGGUGUUACACUGAACUGGGAAAUGGAAUUUAGUUUUUGGUUAAUCAUUUCUAGAGAUGGAAGAAGUAUUUGCAACAUGGCCAACUGUUUAAAAUAUACAAUGUUUAAAUUUCUUUCUCUGUGUUAAUAAGCCUUAAUCUUUAAAGCCAGAACAUUUCAAAAAUAAUUGUAUUCUAAAAUUGAACUUGUAGAAAUUAUAAUUCUCCAACUUCGAAAGGGAAUGAGAUAAUGAAAUCACCCAUCUGAUUUAUUUAGGAAAAUUACUGCUUUCACAGGCUUCUUUGUAUCCUAAAAUCAUUUGUCUGUUCUUUCAGAUCAAAUGAUCUUUUGAUGUUUUGAGUAUCUCUAAAUAAUGUAACUCUUACUUAGUUUUGCUCCCUGUCAUAAAUUUAGGUGAUUUUCCCAGUCAUUAUAAAAUUGAGGUGAUGGCCAUAGAGUUCUCACUAAUUAUAUUAAAAAUAUGGGAAUAAAAUUAUGGAAACAAUUCAAAGUUUACAA